AACUGUUUCGCAGAGACAUCUGUGCGCUUUCAGGUCACGAAACUGAGUUUUGUCUGGCGCUGUAUGGAAGUUCUAGGUCACUAUGUCAUGAUACCCUCUAAGCAACCUUCCGUGCCCAGUCGAGCACCUGAUGCAGCCGCUUCCAAUUAUACCAUAUAGAGUCGGCGUUUUGCCCCCAUCUUGGUUAGAAGCAGAUGAUCAGGGUUUGCCACAACCGCUUUCAGCUUCCCGAACGCGACGUCGAUGGUGCAGAGGUACUCUUAAAUGCAACGGCGAAGCUCGGCUGGCAGUUCAGGCAAGCGUCAACUCCUGCGUUUCAAUAUCUCUGCGACACUGCACAGUUUUGCAUCGAGCAAGUCUAGAUCUGGUUGGUGUAUCGUUCCCCUUGACAACUAUGAUGUUCGGAGGAGCACUGAGCAAUCUAGCUGGAACAAGCUGUCCAGGGAGCGAAGCCGUGACUCGUUGCUGGUGGUCCACCUAUACCAUCAUGCCCAGAUGACAUGGGAGCUGCGAGUCUACUGUAUCGCGUCGAUCAGGA